CAGCAUUGUUCGUUGGAAUAGUGUAGAAAAGAGAAAAUGAUUUUUAAGUUUAAAUUAAGAAAUUUUUUUAAAUAUUUUUAAAAUUAUCAAAUAACAAUUCAAAGAAUUAUUUAUAGUCAUCGAUCAAAUCAUAUUUGUUAAAAUUUAAUUAUUAUGGGUGCUAGUAUUGGGAGAAUUGAUUCGUCUAGUCAACCACUUCAUGUCUGUCUUUUGGGAUUAGAUAGUGCAGGAAAGACAACAGCUCUCUACAGAAUGAAAUUUGAUCAAUAUAUUAAUACAGUACCAACAAUCGGUUUCAAUUGUGAAAAAAUUAAACUCAUAUCGAAAGGAAUUUCAUUCUUAAUUUGGGAUGUUGGAGGUCAAGAAAAGAUUAGAGCAUUAUGGAAAAGUUAUUGGAGAUGUACAGACGGUAUAAUAUUUGUUGUUGAUUCUUGUGAUGUUGAGCGUAUGGAAGAGGCGAAAAUGGAACUGAUGAAAACAGCUAAAUGUCCAGAUAAUCAUGGAACACCAAUAUUGAUAUUAGCUAACAAGCAAGAUCUUCCGUCAGCCAAAGAUAUAAACGAAAUGGAAAAGUUACUCUCUUUACAUGAACUCUCAUCUGUAUCAGCAUUUCACAUUAACUCAAGUUUUGAAAGUAAUUCCAAAAUGGAAAGAACCUCAAACACUAGUUGUAGUAGUAGCAGUAGUAAAGUAUUGUCUGAACCCCAAAAAUUAUGGCACAUUCAACCAGCUUGUGCAAUAACUGGUGAAGGCUUAACAGAAGGACUAGAACACCUAUAUGAGAUGAUCAUUCGAAGAAGAAAGCUUCAAAAGCAGAAGAAAAAACGUUAAACAAAAUGCUUGUCAAAAUUAUCAAUUAUUCCUAAAAUUAUCUUUCCUAUUUAUAUAAUUCGUAAAUAUUGUAUGUUUCAUAUGUUUUUAUUUUUACCGAAAAUGAAAAAAAAAAAGAAUUGUUUUAUCGUUUCAUUUGCAAAAAAA